AUGGAGGAACAGCGGCAUGGAGGGUUGAAUUCCAUCGUGGGGGCUUGGGUCCUGGACCUCUCCAGGUCCGACACCAUGGAGCGCUUCCUCCAAGUCACCAGGGUGUCGGAGCAAGGCACUCGGGCUCAUGUAAGGGCCGAGGCACGGCACGGAGCAUUUAACGUGAUCCACCUGGAGGGAGACACGAUCACCAUCCACAGGCGAACCUGUGCAAACAACUUCACCGAGAGCUUCAAGCUCGACGAGGAGAAGGUGAAGUACGAUGGCAUCGUGCGGACCAGGAUAUCCGAGUUGGUUUCCAUGCCAUCUUCAGGUCCCACGGGAUAUGUACGUUCCGCCAACAGUACCGCCAUCUCCGGCGGAAGAGACGACGUACACAUGCUCGAGUCGCGGCACAUCAUGGAGGGGAGUCUCUCUCAUACCCAGGAGAUACGCCUCCACAAUCUCACCACCGGAGAGCAUUGUGUCACCAACAGAGUCUGGACGCGGGUACCGAUGACCGACGAGCACCAGGCGACGAUUGGCCUGCUUUUGUUGGCCGAAGAACCAAGCAGCAGUAGCGCGAGGAUCUUACGGGAAAACACGUAGGGUUUGCACUGAUGAUGCAUGAUGUAUUGGUAUGUAGGGAGAGACAACGAAUAAAAUAGUUGAAUCUCGACGGAUUGGUGUAGUAUGCGCGCGUGUGCAAUAUCUUCGGAGUGUUUGCACUACGAAAGGAACUCAACGAUAUGAAAUGAUACCAAUAGUCCAUGUAAAUAGUGGGUACAUGUUUUUUUGUAUAUUUCGGGUUGAAUCGGUGAGUUUGUCGCUGUUAUGUUAUGUAGAUUGAUAGAUAACCACUGCAUUAUACCAUAUGUGUUCCAUAUGUGUUCCAUGCGUUUCUUCUCCAGGUAGGUGUGGACUAAAACAUGCAUAGCGAAACGACGUGUUUGCCUCAAGCUGUGCGUCUUCCACUGGUGGUACGUUGAAGUUUAUUUUGAGUCUUGAAUUCGUUUGGCUCCCAAAAUACUGGAAGUUAGCGUUGGGUGUCAAUAUUCAAAAUGGUUGCACUUUCAUUUGUUGUUUGUCCAGAGGGGUGGUGGUGGAUCG